UUAUACAUGUGAGAAUUUACAAUCACGGGGAGAAUAUGAACAACGCGAUCUUGAGGUUCUAAUAACUUUUCAAGAGUGGCACAACCCUCAACAGCAAGCAAUCGAACACAAUCUUGAUCUGAUAAAAAAUCGCCUAAAAAACCCUAAUGUGAUCUGGAAGCCCAACUUUUCAAACACCAACAAAGUGCCAAAUGUGAUCUUCUGAUUGGAUAGAAGCACCUCACUCCUCUGCUGAUGUGGCAUUAUGCUGUUUGCUCAAUAAAAAACUAAACGCUGCGAAUUUUCUCCCCCCAGAUGCAGAGAUCAAACAGACCAGGAUUUGGCUUCAAAUGGCGGGGUUCAAAUUAUAUCCAAUUUUGAUGAUCGUUCUCGCUAUUUUUACAGCUCCGACAUAUGGCGUCGAAGAUAAAUGCGCCGCUUGCAAUGCUAUUGCUGAGGAGCUAGAGCAGGGACUGUUACAUGAAAAGCCUAGAAACCAUCUGGACAUGAGACACCGGUUGGAUUCUAAGGGUCAGCGUCAAGGGAAGCUUAUAGAUUACAGGGUCAGUGAGUUAAGAGUUGUUGAGCUCCUUGAUGGGCUGUGUGAAAAGAUGCAAGAUUAUACUCUCGAGAAGGUGGGUUCAAGUAGACAAACAUGGAUUAAAGUGAAUAGCUGGGACAACCUUACAACUAAUAAACAAGAAGCUAGGGCAUAUUCCAAAGACAUCUCAACUUUCUGUGGAAGGUUACUUGAGGAAACUGAAGAUGAGCUUGCUGAAUCGAUAAAAAAAGGGUCCGUUAAAGCAGGAGAAGUAAGCAAGGUCCUCUGCCAAGACCUCGGUAGAUACUGCAGCAGGACAAGUGGUACCCAGGAAUCCAUUGAUGAAGACGAUACCAACGACAGAGAACUUUAAGAAACCAUUUAUCACAUACCGGAUUUUAUGAGAGAUUAGAGCAGUUCAUGAGACGAGGUUGCAGAUGUUACUUCAUAAGCUUUGAUAUUUUUGGUUCAGAGUUAUGAUAGCAUUUAAUGUUUUUUGUAGUCACGAUUCAGAAACUAUUGAAUUUUCAGCAUUAUCGAUUAAAACACACUUGAACGAAAAAACUUCUCAUAAUCUUUCUAUUGUAGGUGGUACUAACUUCAUCAAUGGCUAUUACAUUUACAUCUUUUGCAUGAACAAAAAAAUUUCUCCUAAUCUUUCAAUUGGGGAAUGGUGG